UCUCUCUCUCUCUUUCUCUCUCUCGCGCGCGCGCACACACAUAAACACAAACACGCAAAAGCCAUAUACGAGACACGGCCAUAGACCAGCCAGGAGCGAGCACUAUGGAACGAGCGAGCAGCGGCAGCAUACACAACGAUGAGCUCAGCCUUGAGCUUACCCUGGCCGCUGUGGCGCCGAUGCCUGGCACACCGGAUGGCUUCUUCCUCUGCGUCCACUGUGACCGCAAGUUCCGCAGCUCGCAGGCACUCGGCGGCCACCAGAACGCGCACAAGCAUGAGCGUGCCAUCGCCAAGCGCCGGCGAGAGGCUGCAGCGGCAGCCACCCGCGCACAGGAAUCAAGGUCAAGGAAGGCGGGGAGGCAUGCUGCUACUGCAGAUGGCAAGCAGGGCGGGAGCUCGUUGAAGCGUGGUGACGACGACGAGGUGGACUUGUCUCUCCGGCUAUAAGCGAUCCCUCCAUCGAUGUUCUAAUAUAGGAGGAUUCGUGUUAUUUCCUGCUGGGUAAGUCAGAAUCUAGCUACUUUGGUUUGGAAAAAAAAGUUUUACCUUCUGUCUCGUAUAGCAACAAUUUGAUCAACCGUUUUGUUUCAAGCUCAUGUUGGGCGUGUGUUAGAUUCAUCGGCUCUUCUAGUUAAUUUUCUUCAUAAGGUCUUCGAAUUGAAUGCCCAAACCUUCCUGGCACAAAAUUCUUCAUU